AUGGAGCAAACUGUCAACCUGUCGUCAAACACUCGUAAUCUUCGUCUUCUGCUGAUCGGCAAAACCGGUUCAGGAGUUAGUGCUUCUGGAAACACAAUACUGGGUCUAAAUGUGUUUCAGUCUGGGCGGAGCUUGACCUCCAUUACUGACAGAUGCCAAAAACACACGGCUGAAGUGUCAGACAGAAGAGUUACAGUUAUUGACACUCCAAACUUCUUUAAUUCAACUGACAUUGAUCUGAGUGUGGAGUUGAAGAGAGGGCUGAACAUUUGCUCUCCAGGAAUCCACGCAAUCUUUCUGGUUCUGCCUUUACAGACAUUCAGUCAGCAAGAUGCAGAUACAGUGUUCUUAUUCAAGCAGAUGUUUGGUGAAAAUGCCAUGAAACACACAUUUGUCCUGUUCACACAUGGAGAUGAGCUUCAAAAUGAACCACCUGAACAACUAAUAAGAGAAAACACAGAGCUGUCAAGACUAACAGAGGAGUGUGGAGGGAGAUUUCACUUACUGAACAACAAAGAUCUGAACGACAGAGAGCAGGUCACCAAACUCCUGAUGAAGAUCCAACGAAUGGUGUCUGAAAAUGAGAACAGCUGCUACACUUUACAAAUGUUUAAAGAUCAGUCACUCAAAGUGUUUUUGCAGAGUUUUGCAAAGCCAAAAUAUCUGUGUGCAAUGAGUGCUGUCAUUGUAUUUGCACUGAUUUAUGUUAAUAUUUGGUACGAUGGCUUAUCCUCAGAACCUUUCCUGAUCCGAAGCUGCGUGAAGCAAGGUUAUGUACUCGCCCCGACACUCUUCGGCAUCUUCUUCUCUCUGCUGCUGUGCCACGCCUUCAGUCAGUCAGAAGAUGGUGUCUUCAUUCGCACUAGGAGCGAUGGCAACCUUUUCAACCUUGCACGUCUGCGCGCAAAGACCAUGCUUCGCUCGCACUUCUUGGGCCAGGAUAACAGCAGCACUCCCUGCAUCUCCAUCGGCGAUCACACCCUCAAGGUAGUGGAGGACUUUACAUAUCUUGGCUCCACCAUCUCCAGCAACCUCUUUUUGGACAACGAGCUGAACACCAGAAUCGGCAAGGCAUCAAUAGUGAUGGCCCGCCUGACCAAGAGAGUGUGGAACAAUAGCAUGCUCACCACCAACACCAAGAUGAAAGUGUACCAGGCCAAUGUCCUCAGCACUCUUCUCUACGGCAGCGAGACGUGGACUAUGUACACCUGGCAAGAACGCAGACUUAACUCUUUCCAUCUGCACUGCCUGGAUCCUUGGAUUCACCUGGCAGAACCGUGUCCCAAACACUGA